UGUCCCGGACUUACCAUGAGCGCCAAGAAGAGAGGGAGCCCCGCGCGGACUCAUUCCAUGAUGUCCCUGUCGGUGCGGCCGCAGCGCCGCCUGCUCAGCGCCCGGGUCAGUAGGAGCCAGUCCUUCGCAGGCGUCCUCGGCAGCCAGGAGCGGGGGCCCAGGAGCUUCCCGGCCUUCAGUCCCCCGGGGCCCCCACGGAAGCCCCCGGCGAUCUCCCGGGUGUCCAAGAUGUUUUCAGUGGCGCACCCGGCCCCCAAGGUCCCGCAGCCUGAGCGCCUGGACCUGGUGUACACUGCGCUCAAGCGAGGCCUGACGGCCUAUUUGGAAGUGCACCAGCAGGAGCAGGAGAAACUCCAAGGACAGAUAAGGGACUCCAAGAGGAAUUCCCGCCUGGGCUUCCUGUAUGACCUGGACAAGCAAGUCAAGUCCAUUGAACGCUUCCUGCGACGGCUGGAGUUCCAUGCCAGCAAGAUUGAUGAGCUGUAUGAGUCAUACUGCGUGCAGCGGCGUCUCCGGGACGGCGCCUACAACAUGGUCCGUGCCUACAGCACCGGCUCCCCGGGGAGCCGCGAGGCCCGGGACAGCCUGGCCGAGGCUACUCGAGGGCAUCGUGAGUACACAGAGAGCAUGUGUCUGUUGGAGAGCGAGCUGGAAGCACAGCUGGGGGAGUUCCACCUUCGGAUGAAAGGGCUGGCCGGCUUCGCCAGGCUGUGUGUUGGCGACCAGUAUGAGAUCUACAUGAAAUAUGGGCGUCAGCGCUGGAAACUACGGGGCCGCAUAGAGAGCAGUGGAAAGCAGGUGUGGGACAGCGAGGAAACCGUCUUUCUGCCUCUGCUCACGGAAUUCCUGUCCAUCAAGGUGACAGAACUGAAGGGCCUGGCCAACCAUGUGGUUGUAGGUAGCGUCUCCUGUGAGACCAAGGACCUGUUCGCUGCCUUGCCCCAGGUUGUAGCAGUGGAUAUUAAUGAUCUUGGCACCAUCAAGCUGAGCUUGGAAGUGACAUGGAGUCCCUUCGACAAGGACGACCAGCCCUCAGCUGCUUCUACUGUCAACAAGGCCUCCACAGUCACCAAGCGCUUCUCCACCUAUAGCCAGAGCCCACCAGACACACCCUCGCUUCGGGAACAGGCCUUUUAUAAUAUGCUGAGGCGGCAGGAGGAGCUGGAGAAUGGGACAGCAUGGUCCCUGUCAUCUGAAUCUUCUGAUGACUCAUCUAGCCCACAGCUCUCAGGCAUUGCCCGCCACUCCUCAGCCCCCAGGCCCCUGGUGCAGCAGCCUGAGCCUCUGCCCAUCCACGUUGCCUUCCGUAGGGCUGAGACCUCCACUUCUGGGCCCAUGGAUGAGGAGGGGGCUGUGGCCCCAGCCUUGGCCAAUGGGCAUGCCCCCUACAGCAGGACUCUGAGCCACAUCAGUGAGGCCAGUGUGGACGCCGCCCUGGCUGAGGCCUCAGUGGAGGCUGCAGACCUAGAAAGUCUAGUCCGGGGACCUAGCCCACCUGCGUGCCCAGAUCCCACCCAUGGGGAGCACCCUGCUCCUGUCCCUCCUGCCCUGGAUGCUGGCCAUUCUGCCACAAGCCCCACUCUUAGUACAACAGGCCCUGCCCCAUCUGCUCACCUAGGCUCGGCUAACAAGACCAUAAAUUCUAGCUCUCCUGAACUGCCCACCCACACCACUACAGGCUCCACCUCUAGUGCCAUAGGCCCUACCCUUAGUGCUCGAAGCCUCACUCACUCUACCACAGCUUCUACCCACAAGAUGGUGGUCUCUCUCCUCACUACCACAGGUCCUACCCCCAGUACCACAGGGCCAGUCCAGACCACCACAAGUCCCACCCACAAACCAGUGCUUUCUACCCUCACUCCUGCAGCUCCUAGCACCAAUACUACAGACCCAGUCCAGACCACCACAAACCUCAGCCACGCUGUCACAAACUUGACACACACUGUCACAAUCGCUACCAACAAGCCCAUUUGCUCUACUCUCAUUACUGCAGGCCCUACAGCCAGUGCCACAGGUCCAGUGCAGACUACCACUAGCCCCACCCACGCCACCCCAAGCCCCACCCACGCCACCCCAAGCCACACCCAUACCACUGUGAGCCCCACCCACACCACAGGCUCCACCCACACUACUGCAAGCCCCACCUAUACUACCACAGGCCCCACCCACACUACUGCAAGCCCCACCUAUACCACCACAGGCCCCACCCAUACUACUGCAACCACUACUCCCAAAGCCAAGAUGUCAACUAACACCACUACACCCAACACUAAGGACCCAGUCCAGAACACCAGGAGUCCCACCCAUUCUGUCACAAGUCCCACUCUUAUAACUGUAAGCCCCUCCACUUUUCUAGACUUUGCCAAGCUCUCCAGCUCUUCUGCAAAUACAGACCCUCCCCACCUAGGCACUGACCCCCUGUCUGGUAGUUACCUAGCCUCCACUCCUUGCACUCAGGCAGACCCCAUAGCCCCCAGCACCUCCCAUCCAAGUCCUGCUUGUUCUAGUUGGGAGCCCCUCACAAGCCCUUCGCUGGACCCCCCAGAAGCCAUCUGUCAGAGCCCAAGUCUCCCUCCCUCACCCCUAGCCCCUUUGCCCCAGUAUCCAGACCCUGGAGUGGCCAGGGCUUCUCCAGCCCUAGUUCCAGGGGCAGCUGGAGGGGCUGGGGACAGGAGGCUGGAAGAGGCUCUGGGGGCCCUGGUGGCUGCCCUGGAUGACUAUCGUGGCCAGUUUCCCGAGCUGCAGGGCCUGGAGCAGGAGGUGACCCGGCUGGAGAGUCUGCUUAUGCAGAGACAAGGCCUGACUCGGAGCCGGGCCUCCAGUCUCAGCAUCACUGUGGAGCACGCCCUGGAGAGCUUCAGCUUCCUCAACGAGGAUGAAGAUGAAGACAAUGACAGUCCUGGGGACAGGCCCCCAAACAGCCUAGCACCUGGGGCUGAGGACAGCCUCGAUUCGCCCAGUGCCCGACCCCUCAGCACAGAGUGUCCAGCUCUGGAUGCUGCCUUGGUCCAGCACCUGUAUCACUGCAGCCGCCUCCUGCUGAAACUGGGCACAUUUGGGCCCCUGCGCUGCCAGGAGGCAUGGGCCCUGGAGCGGCUACUGCGGGAGGCCCGAGUGCUUGAAGCAGUAUGCGAGUUCAGCAGGCGAUGGGAAAUGCCUGCCACCUCUGCCCAGGAAGUGGUGCAGUUCUCAGCCUCUCGGCCUGGCUUCCUGACCUUCUGGGACCAAUGCACAGAGGGACUCAGCCCUUUCAUCUGCCCUGUGGAGCGGGUGCUCCUCACUUUCUGCAAUCAGUACAGCGCCCGUCUCUCCCUGCGCCAGCCAGGCUUAGCCGAGGCUGUGUGCGUCAAGUUCCUGGAGGAUGCCCUGGGCCAGAAGCUGCCCCGGAGCGAGGCAGGCCCUGGAGAGCAGCUCACCAUCUUCCAGUUCUGGAGUUACAUCGAAGCCUUGGACUGCUCCUCCAUGGAGGCCUAUGUAACCGAGACAGCUGAGGAGGUGUUACUGGUGCGGAAUCUGAACUCGGAUGACCAGGCUGUUGUGCUGAAGGCCCUGAGGUUGGCACCUGAGGGGCGGCUUCAAAGGGAUGGACUCCGGGCCCUCAGCUCUCUGCUCGUCCACGGCAACAACAAGGUCAUGGCUGCUGUCAGCACUCAGCUCCGUAGCCUGUCGCUGGGCCCCACCUUUAGGGAAAGGGCCCUGCUGUGCUUCCUGGAACAGCUGGAGGACGAGGAUGUGCAGACCAGAGUGGCCGGCUGCCUGGCUCUGGGCUGCAUCAAGGCUCCAGAAGGCAUUGAGCCCCUGGUGUACCUCUGCCAGACGGACACAGAAGCUGUGAGGGAAGCAGCUCGGCAGAGCCUGCAGCAGUGUGGAGAAGAGGGACAGUCUGCCCACCGAAGGCUGGAGGAGUCACUGGAUGCCCUGCCCCGCAUCUUUGGGCCCGGCAGCAUGGCCAGCACAGCGUUCUAAACUCCCCACCCAGCGGCCCCCACUGCCCCUUCCCCGCACCUUCAGGGCUUACCAGGCACUGGCAGGGAGGAUGAGGGCUGGCUCCAGACAUCCCUCCCUCACAGAUUCCUAUCAAUGAAAAUCUAAUAUAUUCUCCUGUUAUCCUUGGGGUUGGUGGAGUCAGUGCCACAGUCAAGUGCCUCCCAGCCUCGGCUCAGCACACUUGCCAUAGAUCAGUGUCCUGGGCCUGGCCGUCCUGCCUCUGCCCUGCCCUUGGUUUUGUAUUUUAUUUACAGAGUUUUACAGAAAAUAAAAAAAAAAAAAAAAAGCAGAAAUGCCUUUCCUACAUAGCCUGGACUGGUGCACUCCUAACCUUCUGCUCCAGCAUCUUCUGGCUGUGGCCCUGACACUAGUGUGUCCACACUCCAACCGUGACAGUACCAUGUGCUUUUGUCCUGGAAAUCCAGAUGGAAGAAGCCCAGAGGCUGGAACUGGGCUUGGAAAAGAGGGCAGAGGAAGAGGGUGGUGGAGUGUUGCUGAGGAGGCCCGGCCUGCAGGUUCGGAGAGGCUCUCACUCUGGCGACUCUGGACAGUUUUGAGCCUGCUGCCUCUGGUGACGGGAGGCUGAUGACACCACCAGGAGUCCAAUGCACCAGAGCAGGGAAAGCCUGUGCCCAGCUGUCCUGUGGAGCCUGUGCCAGCCUCUGUGAGGGGACAGAAGGAAGUGGGCCUCCAAGGUCUGUGACACCCUGAGAAACGCCCCAUCGAUCAAGUCUAUCAAGGCCGCAGCUAUGCCCUGGCCACCACUGCUGGGUCUCUCCCCGGGAGAAACUUAUAAGCCCGUGCUGCAGAAAAAGGGACCAGGCUGAGGUAGUCCGGGAUGCAGUUUAUUGGGUCGGUGGGCACUGUAUCCCCCCCCACACCUCCUUUCCUUUUGCCCUCUUCCAACCUUACCUUUCCUGCAAUCUCCUACUCUCCUUCCUCAUGUAUUCAAAUCUUCAGAGGACCAAAAAAAGAAGAAAGAAAAAACAUGUUGGUAACGGCAAAGAGGCAGAUGGGUUGGCACGUGGGAAGAGAACUGCUUCUUUGUCUCGCCCACAAGCGGGGCUGCCUUCCUUGUGUACUUCUGCCUGGUGUGUGGGCACAAUUUGCUGAACCCUGGGCAUAUGACAUGCUCCCCCCACCCCUGGCAUCCCUGGAGGACCCUAUUUAGGCCAUCUUUUGGCCACGGACAGAAGGCUCUUGGCCUGACUGCCGGACCUGGCUCUCCUGGGCCGAUGUAAUACAGAGGGUGAGCUUGGGAAGAACUCCUAGACCUGUAUGAACUGCUAAGGAAAAACAUCUAUCAUUUGGAAAAUAAGACUGUCAUUGACCUGCAGGAAGGGACCCCUUGUUUCAGAAGGCUGCAAUGGGGUGAUGGUCACAAUUUGAGUUUGCUAUCAAGGGUCAAGUCUCAUUUCUCUCUGAAGACACCCAGAGCAUAUUGGAUCUGCCAAGAGUAUUGACUUGGAGAAGCUGAAUAAGCAACUGAAUUGCCAUGCUAACACUGACGUUUCUAGCUGUUUGCUCUGAAUCUCCCUAUAACUUUCUCUUCUUCUUCAAGCAUCCUCUUACAAACAUCACUCCACAGCAUUCCAUUGUAGGCCCCUUGCUCCUCUCUUUUGAAACAUACUCCCUGAACCACCUUAUCCAUUUCUCUGGCUUCCAUCUAUAUGCUAAGGCUGUAUGCCUCAUGGCUGUGAUUCACAUGGCUCUCUCCUCAUCUCCUGACCCUCAUAUCCAACUGCUGACUGGACAUCUUUUGAAGAGCAUGCUCAAAAUCAAACAUCUCAACACCUGCUUCUCCUAGAUUCUUGGGGUUACCAACUACCCAGGCACUCAAGCCACACAACUGGGCCUCACCCUUGAUUCUUGCCCCUGUGCCCUCAUCCCAACUAUCAGAAUCUUCGCAAUUAAAUGCCCUAAAUAUUGCUAAGUUCUGUCUGUUUCUCUUCAUCCUCAUUGGCACCACUCAGUUUCCAGACACGUUGACCUCUUUCCUAAACACUAAAACUGCCCCCUCACAGGCUCCCUGCCUCUGGUCUUGCCCUUUUUCCAUCCAGUCUCCAAGGUGCAAAGUGAUUUCUAAAAACAGACCCAUCACUAUAGUCUGUUUCUCUUAGGGAAAAUUCCAGCCCCCUCAACCUGGCUCACAAAGGCUUUUAAGUGGGUUCCUCUCUCAAGCCCCACUUCUGCCACCUAACUUCUCAGUCUGCACUGGACCUCACUGAACCAUCCUUGGGGCUUGCUUGCCCUUCUGUGGUACACUCCUCAUCUUGCCUUGCUAAUGUCUGGUUACCUGAUAGGCUUCAACCUGAACAUCACAAAUUUCCUCAGGAAGCUUCCCUUCCACUGUGCUCCUGUCAUAGGAGCAUGCGUUUCCCCUAGUACAGUUUUAGGGGAAUCACACCCCAUUGCAAUCACUCGUUUACACCUCCAAUAUACACAUCAGUAUUUGCUGACUAGUCAGCUAGGUAACGCAUACCACCCAAGUCUGGGAAAGAUGAUUGCUGCCUUCCUUGUAGAGCUUGGUCCAAGUUUUUUGUUUUGUUUUUAAACAGCUUUAUUGAGAUUUAGUCCGCAUACCAUACAAUUCAUCCGUUUAAAAUGUACAAUUCAGUAGCGGCUUUUAGUGUAUUUAGGGUUGUGCAAUCAUCACCAAAUCAAUUUUAGAGAUUUCAUCAAUCUCAAAAGAAACUCGGCACUCCUUAAGUAUCAUCCCCAGGAUCUCUGCAUCCCCUUCCCUUUCCUGCUCCCCAGCCCCCAAGGCAACCACUAAUCUACAUAGAUUCUAUAGAUUUGCCUGUUCUGGAUAUUUCUUUCUUCUUUUGGGGGGGGGGGGGCGCUGUAUCACCUGGCAUGUGGGAUCUUAGUUCCCUAAUUAGGGAUUGAACCCAUGUCCCCAGUAGUGGAAGUGGGAAUUUUAGCCACUGGGAGGUCCCUGAAUAUUUCUUAUAAAUGAAAUCAGGUUAGGUCUUUCCAACUUACUCAGUUCUAAAAUUCACCUGAGAACUUCCCUGGAGAUUCAAAUUCAGAGACCAAGGAAUCUUUAUUUUAAACAUGUGCUCCAGGCAAUUCUGUUUAAUCAGGCUGCAUCUGCCUUUACUGUUCCCAGCAACUAAGGCCAAAUACAUAGUAAGUGGUCAAGAAAUAGCUUUUGAUGUAUAUCUCUAAAACUGAACACAAUCUGAAAACACUGUGAAUAUGAAAGAACAGUGUAUGUUUAGUGCAGAAAAAGUCUGGAUAAAAACACCCCUCAGAGUCCCCUAUGAAAUGUAGCUCCUUAGAAUGCACUUUUACCACUGGGUUCUCAAAUAAGGAAUGGAAUGGAAGCCUGAGCAGGGGACAAUACAGGGAGAGAGAACUGAGGUCAGACAAGUGGAGGAGGCAAGUUGAAUUCCCAGGGGCCAGAGGGGGCAGUUAGAAAGGGGCUUGUGGAGUGGCUGAGGAGUUGGGAUUUACUCCUAGGACACUGGGGACUCAUGCAUGGGCUUGAAGUGGGGGAAUUUUGUGAUCCCAUCUGUGGUUUGGAAAGGUUGCUUUGUGUUGAGGGAGGAGGCAGGGAGCAGUGAGGAGCCUGAUGCUAAGCCAGGCAGGGAUAGAGAGGAGGUUAGAGUGAAAUGUUCAGAAGGUAUGGAUGGGAUUUGGAGACUGAUGGGAUGUGGGAGAGGAGAGAAUGAAGCUUAGGUUUCUGGCCAGUGUGGUGGAUGGAUGGGGGUAUCUUUCACUGUAAAGGGGGAGCCCUAGCGAAGCAAAUGAGGAGGAGAGUGACAAGGCUCCUAACGGUAGCAUGGGAGCCAUCCAGGAGGAAGUGUCCAGAAAGAAGCUAGACUUGUAGAUCUGGGCACGAAGAGAAAUAUGUAGGCUAGAGGGAGAAGUUUGAGAAUUAUCCUUGCUUCACUGUGAAGUCUUGUAUGACCACAGUGAUUAUCUAGUCACUAAUCUGUUCCUCCCACACCUGCUAGCCAUACCCUCCUUUUACUUGCUUCUCCAUCCUUGACUUUUACCUAUUAAUACUCAUGAGGGUUUAGUGUCUCCAGAUUAAUACAAGACAAAACAUGAGGCACUUGAGGGCUAGGGGCAUCCUCUCUCUCCAGUAGCACCCUAACCUUGGGCAUAGAGCAGUUGAUUCAGGACUUGCAUGCAUGUGUGCAUGCUCAGUUGCUUCAUCGUUUCUGACUCUUUGUGACCCCAUGGACUGCCAGGCUCCUGAGCUGAUGGCCAUGGUCUUUAAUUAAUUAAUAGGGCUCCUGAGCCACCUGGGAAGCCCUAUUCAAGGUUUACUUACAGAUUAGUAAGUCAUGAUUCCAAAUACCUCUUCUAUUUACUAACAGCCUGAAAUUUCCACCAUUAAAGCCCUCCCUUUGGGUUAAGGCACUGUCCAACUUGUGUGGAGGGGAAGAAACCUUUUUACCUCUAAACAAAUCACAUAAAAUUUGGAGGGGGAGAAAAUGAGGGAGCAAAGGGGUCCAGAGCUCACCUGAUAGACCUCCCUUCCUUUUCCCCCUCCCAAGCACUCCCUGAGCUAAAGCAUCAAGUACAGAGGAUCCUAUAAAAAUGGAAAUGUUACCUAAUAGAAUGAGGAGCUCAGAGUGGCCAAUGAAAGAACAGGAAGAGAGAGGGUGGGGCUGGAAGAUCUGAGUACUCAUUCUGGUUUUGUCAACAAGUUACUGGACAACUCUGAGCAAGUCACUUCACUUCCAGAGUUAAGGGACAAAACUGUGGCUGGCUCUUCAAAAAGAACUGUGAAGGUGUUUUUUAAAAUGAAAAGUGAACAGAUUU